GGCGGGUGGUGGAGGUGGUUACCGGGAACCAGCGCAUCCGUCAAGGCCGCGAACGCUGUGGCGGAGGUGGUGUCUCUCCGGUUUCGCGCCGGGCAGGCAGGCUGUGGCUGCUGGGGAGCCGCUCGCCAUGUCGACGGUCGCUGCCGCCAGCUGCGACAGCAAGGGCGCGGGGGAGGCGCAGGAAGAGAAGAAGCCGCUGAAGCCCUGCUGCGCCUGCCCCGAGACCAAGAAAGCGCGGGACGCCUGCAUCAUUGAGAAGGGGGAAGAAAAUUGUGGACACCUAAUUGAAGCUCACAAAGAGUGUAUGAGAGCUCUGGGCUUCAAGAUAUGAGUGAGAUGAGCGGGCCUGUGAAUAUGAUGAUGUCUGUGGUGUGACUGCAUUCUGGAAAGCUGCAAAAUAAAUUAUUUCUGCAAGUUACUUCAAAGAACAAAUAUAAACAAAGAAUCUAUUUAUAAGGUCUCUAAUGAUAGACUGUGCAUCACGUCUAUGGCUUUUCCACUGUUAGCUCUUGACCACUGCUAUAGAAAAUAUAUUUUUUCCUCUUAAUAAAAGUCUGAAUGACCAGUG